AUGCCCGAACCCAGGCACCCGGUGUCGGUGCGCGGGGCAGCCCUGGUGCAGACGGAGAGGCUGCAGACAUAUGCCUUCUCUGUGUGCUGGUCAGAUGGCAGCGACACCUUAGUGCACAGAAGGUGGAAUGAGUUCAAGCAGCUCAAAAAGUCCCUCAAGGAGACCUUCCCGGUGGAGGCGGGCCUGCUGCGGAGAUCCGACCGAGUCCUGCCCAAGCUUGCUGAUGCUCCGCUGUUAGCCAGAGGGGGACGCACAGGCCGCGGGCUGGCGCGCCUGCGGCUGCUGGAGACCUACAUUCGGGAGCUGCUGGCCGCGGAGGAGCGUGUGUCCCAGAGCCCAGCACUCGUGGGCUUCUUCGCACCACAACCCCUGGACCUGGAGCCCACGCUGCCCCCUGGCAGCCUGGUCAUACUGCCGGCCCCUGAAGAGCCCGUGCUGCCACGUUCUGCCGGCCAGCUUGCUAUCCGUAGCCUGGAGGUGCAGAGGCUGCCCUGUCUGCAGCCCUUCCACACCCAGGACACACGGGGCAGGCCCUUCCAGACACAGGCCCACGAGAGCCUGGACGUGCUGCUGCGACACCCCUCAGGCUGGUGGCUAGUGGCAAAUGAGGACCAGCAGACAGCCUGGUUCCCGGCCCCCUACCUGGAGGAGGUGGCCCCCAGCCAGGGCCAGGAGGGCCACCUGUUGCUGGAGAACAGUGGGUCCCGGUUCUUUUCCACCUGCGCAUAUGAGGGUGGCCGCGUGGAUGAGCUGUCGGUUCCCGCAGGGGCGCGCGUGUGUGUGCUGGAGAAGUCGGACCGCGGAUGGUGGCUGUGCAGGUAUGGCGGCCAGACCGGCCUUUUGCCUGCAGUGUUGCUGAAGGAGGAAGCGCUGGGCGUGCUCUUGAGUGGGCCAGCGCUCCACGGUGGGGAGGCUGCAACAGGAGCCCUCGGAUCCCAGGAAUACAGCAAGGCCUACGUGAUUCCACCCACCGUGCCUGCUCGCCCGACACCCAGCACAAUCCAGAGCCGCUGUUGCACCAUCACUCGCAGGGCCCUGGGCUGCCAUCCAGGGCGCCAGGCCCGCCAGGAGUGUGGAGCUGUGUGA